CAACAUACGACCGCACCUGACGAAACUCUGUUCAUUUACGUUUCUUUCCUCUGCCACUUUGCGCUCCAACCCACAGCGGAAGGAAAAAACGACAGAAAGAAACUUUGUGUACAGAACUUUAUGGCCGAUCGUAUAUACUUUGCCUCCGGCUGGGCAAAAAGAAGAUGACACAUCGCCGAAGUAAGUACCGCCACAUAAAGCCUUAAAUCACGGCGCAAUCUAGCAUCAACCCGUCAAAAAGUCUCCGUUUUUUCGCGCCACUCCGCUUUCUUCCUUGAAGCCAAACAAACCAUUUCGCCGCAGGCGCAUUUUAGCUGCUUCGUUUUUCAUUCUCGAUUGUCUUCCGUUUAAGGAUUAGUAACGACUCUCUACCAGUGGUUGGGAUAGUGAAAGCAUUCUGUUGCAAUGAGAGGGCGUGAAGGAGAUAUAUACUCCACUUACAAACGUGCAUUGAACAAGGAAAAUCUUCUUCCCCAAGGGAGAGAAGAACUAGACCACUCACAGAAUGAGGGUUAUGAAGUAGAGCUCGGGAAUCCCUCCUGGAAGCGCCCGUUGCGACAUAUACUGGUCGCUACUCUUUCGUCAUUCUUAUUUGGCUACCACCUCGGGGUUGUUAAUGAGACUCUAGAAAGCAUUUCUUUGGAUCUUGGCUUUGCUGGUAGUACCAUGGCUGAAGGUCUGGUGGUCAGUACGUGUUUAGCUGGUGCAUUCGUUGGCUCUAUAUUUAGUGGCUGGAUAGCUGAUGGGGUUGGUCGGCGUAGAGCAUUUCAAUUGUCUGCUUUGCCAAUGAUCAUUGGUGCUUCUAUCAGUGCCUCAACAAGUACUCUUGGAAGUAUGCUUAUUGGAAGGGUGCUUGUCGGUACAGGGAUGGGUCUUGGUCCACCUGUUGCCGCUCUCUAUGUGGCAGAGGUUUCACCUGCCUUUGUACGAGGUACUUAUGGGAGCUUCACUCAGAUUGCAACAUGCAUUGGUCUCAUGUGUUCUCUCUUCAUCGGCAUCCCAUCCAAGGAUGUUGUUGGCUGGUGGCGAGUUUGCUUUUGGGUGUCUUCUAUACCGGCAGUUCUACUUGCCAUAUUGAUGGAGUUCUCUGUAGAAAGCCCCCAUUGGCUUGUUAAGAGAGGAAGAAUUGGAGCAGCUGAAGAAGAACUUGGGAGACUGAUGGGAGGGUCACAUGUUAGUUCCGCGAUGGCAGAAUUUUCCAAGUCAGACAAAGUAGAUGAGGGUGAUAACGUUAAGAUGUCAGAUUUAUUUUAUGGCCACUAUUUUAGAGUGGUUUUCAUCGGGUCUUCCUUAUUUGCUUUGCAACAACUGUCUGGUAUAAACGCUGUCUUCUAUUUCUCUUCAACCGUAUUUAAAAGUGCUGGAGUACCUUCAGAUAUCGCAAACAUCUGUGUAGGGGUUGUAAAUUUGACAGGGUCCAUUAUUGCCAUGAGUUUAAUGGAUAAACUAGGAAGGAAGGUGCUUCUUCUGUGGAGUUUCUGGGGAAUGGCGGUUGCAAUGUUUUCUCAAGUAAUGGCAGCAUUUUCAUUCACACCGGACUCAGCAAAAGUAUAUAUGUCUGUUGGUGGCAUCCUAAUGUUUGUUCUGGCAUUCGCUUUUGGGGCUGGGCCGGUGCCUAGUCUGCUCCUAUCAGAGAUAUUCCCAAGUCGAAUUAGGGCGAAAGCAAUGGCUAUCUGCAUGGCUGUACAUUGGGUCAUAAACUUUUUUGUGGGUCUUUUGUUCUUGCGUUUACUCGAACAACUCGGUCCACAAGUUCUGUAUACAACGUUUGGCGCAUUUUGCUUGAUAGCAGUGGCCUUUGUGAGGAGAAAUGUGGUUGAAACGAAGGGCAAAACACUUCAGGAAAUUGAGUUUGCCUUCAUUCUGCCUCAUUAGCUGUUGUUAAUUGAUAUGAAGCCGGAAGAGCAUGUGGCGGGACCGGACUUGGGCCCACUUCCGUGGGCCGGUUACGGGCUGUUUAAUUAAUAUUUAUUAUUCAUUUUAUUUUGUUUCCUAAUUUAAUUUGUUUCCUAGUAGGAUUUAUUUAGGACUUCUAUUCUUACUAGAAUUAGAGGUUUUCUAUUUCUAUUUAGUUUCCUAGAAUGAUUUAAUUAGGAGUUCUAUUAGAACUAGAGGUUUCCUAUUCUAUUUAGUUUCCUAGAUUAAUUUAUUUAGGAUUCCUAUUCUUAUUAGACCUAGAGGGUUAUUUAUACCCCUUGUAUGCUUCAUUCUUGAUGAUCUGGGAAUAAAAGUUUGGUUUAGCCUUUUGGCUUUGGGCAACGAUAUUUAUUUAUCGUUGAUUAUCUGGGCAACGGUUCACCCCGUUGAUUUUACUUUUCUGUUCUUAUCAAUUGGUCCGACCUGCCGGAUCCCCGUCCCGCCAAGAUGACAAGAACUCAGAACGAACGACUGACGGAAUUGGAGGCUGAACAGGCCCUGGUAAAUCAAAAGCUCGAUUCACAAGGAGAGAAACUGGAUGUACUGGCUCGGAAACAAGAGGAGCAGGCCGCCCGGCUUGCGGAAAUCGCAGAAUCCCUGGCAGCAAUCGCAAAGGCCAUGGUACCGCCAGCGAAGUCUCCAAGCACGACCAUCAAGAGCGGCUCCUCCGCCCACAUCGCGACUGCUUUCACCGACGAGGGCGGACCGCGCAGCGCAUCCACGACACUGCUUCCCUCAUUCGACGGUGAAGACCCAAUUGGGUGGCUGGCAAGAGUGGAGCAGCAGUUCGAGCUCAACAGGACCCCACCGGAUAGACAAAUUGCAGCGGCUAGGGUUUCUAUGGAAGGGGCAGCCCUCUAUUGGGUGACAUGGUUAAAGGCGCGCAAACCCGGCAUAUCCUGGGAGGAAUUUAAGCAAGCCUUGGUGGCUAGAUUUGAUUCCCGAUAUCAAGGAAACAGAUUUGAGCGGCUAGCUGGCGUUAAACAAACUGGGCAAGUGGAAGAUUACAAUACUUUGUUUGUAAAACUCGCCAGUCAAGUACCCGGAUUAACUGACGAUCAUUACUUGGGCUAUUACAUGAGUGGGCUUAAGGAGAUAAUCCGAAGCUCGUUGCGAUUACUUCGACCAAACAACCUGGAGAUGGCUAUGGAAUUAGCUCGCGAAGUGGAGUAUAAUCUGUCCGUCCAAAGUGGAGAAAGUGGCAGCCUGAAUUAUCAUUCUUCGGGGGUACGUUCCAGCAGUUUUGUAAGGGCAAACACGGGUCCCCCGUUGACUGCCACCGGUGGCAGCUUACAGGGCUCAGGGGGCAGCUUUGCGAAGGAUAGUGGACAGCCUCCGGGGACAAAGUCAGGGCUGUCUGGGCAGCCUACGACACGAUCCCAGUUCACCCGUCUUGCGCCAAAAGAGUUAGCAGAUUUGAGGGCAAAAGGAUUAUGCUUUAGAUGCAAGAAACCAUUCACGCCAGGGCAUGAUUGUCCCUUUAAGCAGCUGCGGGUAAUGAUAGCCGAGGAGGAUGAAGAGUUGGACCUCAAGCAGCAUGAAUUCUGCGAAAUAACCGGCCAGGAAAGGGUUCAUGAAGGAGAAGAAGGAUAUUUUCCAGUCUAUACUAUGUCUGGAAAUUUCAGCUCCCAAUCAGCGAGUUUUCAACCUUGAGGACAAGGUUAUUUUAAGGGGGGUGGAUUGAUAUGAAGCCGGAAGAGCAUGUGGCGGGACCGGACUUGGGCCCACUUCCGUGGGCCGGUUACGGGCUGUUUAAUUAAUAUUUAUUAUUCAUUUUAUUUUGUUUCCUAAUUUAAUUUGUUUCCUAGUAGGAUUUAUUUAGGACUUCUAUUCUUACUAGAAUUAGAGGUUUUCUAUUUCUAUUUAGUUUCCUAGAAUGAUUUAAUUAGGAGUUCUAUUAGAACUAGAGGUUUCCUAUUCUAUUUAGUUUCCUAGAUUAAUUUAUUUAGGAUUCCUAUUCUUAUUAGACCUAGAGGGUUAUUUAUACCCCUUGUAUGCUUCAUUCUUGAUGAUCUGGGAAUAAAAGUUUGGUUUAGCCUUUUGGCUUUGGGCAACGAUAUUUAUUUAUCGUUGAUUAUCUGGGCAACGGUUCACCCCGUUGAUUUUACUUUUCUGUUCUUAUCAUUAAUUGAUCCUACCAGUCUACCACUCGUUUUUGCUGCAGCUUUUCAGGUAGUUUCAUUCUAGUCUACAUUUCCUUCACUAAAAACUGACUGCAAUAUGAAGGUUGUGUAUUUAUAGAGUUAGUCGGAUCUGCCUAAUAUUUAAGGUUUUGUACAAGUACGCAAAUAGCAUAGAGAGCCACACACAGUAUUUUAGUCCCCAUAAAUAAUAUAGUUUGGCUUGGAUGCCUUUGGCUUCAUCAUAUUUUGCACAAAUCUUUCAUUUUAGGAGAGGUAUUGUUACUCUAUUUCGUCUGAACAUUUUUGCAUCGUCAUUUUUUAAGAGUAAAAAUUCUACCCCCUUUUGUCUUUUAUGAUAACUUGGUCUUUUCAGUGAAAAGAACUGUACUGUUAUCAGAGUGACCAACAUCUCAACUGCAACUCAAACCCCCAUACCCUGUUACACUUGCCCCAGUAUCCCUGACAGACUGACUUCUCACAGUACUAUCUUAUGUAGCAGACACAAGACAAUAUUGGCCAUGAAGGUUGUAGUACAACUCGCCAAACGUUAUUGUUGCUUUUUGUAGAGGGGAGCAUAUAUGCUAUGAUUAUAAUGGGCUGAAGUGCAGUGCAACAUAAUUUUUCUUGAUUUUUUUAGCGUAAACAUUUAUGUUUUCCUAUUUAGCUCACUCCAUUAUUGCUGAAAGUAUCCAGCAAAGUGCAAUCACUCUUCAGCCCACCUUAACUAAUAAUUUUGGAUCCUUCCCUGUUUUUGUUAGUAUUAUCAUGAGGUUAAUGAAAUUAAACAGACGAACCAACGGUAGAAAUAAUAAAAACAAAUAUAGAUGCUAUACACACAUAUAUACAUCUAAAAACAUUAUAUUUCUAAAAGAGCGUUAGUACCCUCUGAUUGUGCCAAUAUAGUCUAACAAGAAAUUGUACAUUCUUCUUAAAAAUUAGGACUUCACUUUUCAUCUGACUUUUAUACUUUUAAAUACCGUCAAAACUUUUAUACCCUUCUGUUAAGUAGAUUAAUUUACUAAACGAAGCUAGCACUUCAAGGGAUUGAAGGCCAGUCGGAAAUGACUCUCCUACUGUAGACUCUAGAAGACCGCAGUAUCCUGUACAGUAACCCUUUGAAUAGCCACCCUACUUUGAAACAUAUCUAUGGAAACUUUAUGAAGAAUAAGUGUGUUGAUUCUUAUUACCUCAACUUUUCUGCUCAGUUGUGCAGUUGUGCUCAUCCAAAAUGCUAAGCAUCUUUCUCGAUUCUUUUUUAGUUUCCCUUACCGCGAAUAGGGAUUACAGCUAGGUAUUACUCUCAUUCUAUUUGUUUUUUCAUGUAAUUCACACCUUUAACAAGAGUAGGAUUGUAUUAGCAGGAAGCGAGUGUAUUUUGGACUUAAUCUUUUUAUUCUUAUGGGAUGUUAUGGACUAAAAUGUUUAUGGAAAACUUGACAAGCAGAUGUAUUUGUAAUUCUUUUCAAUCGAAUCGGAGGCCACACUAUUGACCGCUUUCUUCUUCUUUAGACGAUACCUGUAGUUCUCCAUGAGAUAUUGCUUUACCUCUUUAACAGUUUUCUUUGUUAAUGCAGCUUGAUAGAAAAAUAUAUUUCUGGCUGAUUAGAAGUUAUCUUUGUUCACUUUUAAAGAAAAAUAUAUUAUGAGAACAAUGUUGCUUUAACUCUGGAAUUAAGUCAUUAACCAUGAGGAUGCUUUGCUUAAGAUUUGAGUUGUGUUUCUAGCUAAGUUCGCAUCUCGGAAUGAUGAUGCUGUUUAACUUCCACCAUUUCAUAUUGUCGCUCUAACUUCUUUCAAUCGCCAGUUGAAUUCUAAG